AUGGAGCUAACAAGAAAGCAUUCUGAAGCCUCCAUCUCUUUUCUCCUUGUUUGCUUUGAAGCUAUAAUUAUUCUCUCGUGCUUCAACUUGCAGGGUCUUAACGCGCUUGGUAUAGCAACAACAACAGAAACCCCUGUUGUUAGAGGAAAUGACACUGAUCAACAAGCUUUACUCCAGUUCAAGGCCGAGAUAACAGGUGAUCAGCUCAAGGUUAUGAAGUCCUGGAAUAGCUCCAUCCACUUCUGGUCUUUAUCACCCUACAUUGGAAACUUGAGCUUUCUCAGAGAGUUGAAUCUAGUGGGAAACAACUUUUACAACGAGAUUCCUUCAGAAAUUGGUCGUUUAAAAAGACUGGAAACAUUAGACCUCACCAAUAACUCCAUCAGUGGUGAAAUUCCGUUCAAUUUAUCAGCUUGUUCUAAGCUUACAUUGGUUGAUAUGACAGGCAACCAGCUAACAGGAGAAAUACAUGCUUCAUUGGGUCUCUUGUCUAACCUGAAAAUCUUGAGGUUUGGGAACAACAGUUUGAGAGGGAAUAUCCCACCCUCGUUGGGGAACUUGUCAUCCAUGGAGGAGCUUGAUUUGACGAUUAAUGGAUUAACUGGGAUUAUACCUGAAGCUCUUGGACGACUAACAAAUCUUUUAAUUUUCACUGUAGCUUCAAAUGAAAUAUCUGGCAUUCUUCUUGUCUCAAUGUUCAACCUCUCCAGUCUUAGAGUCUUUGAUAUUGGUGCAAACAAGAUUCAAGUUACUCUUCACUCUGACUUAGAAAUCACUACGCCAUAUAUGAAAAUAGCUGAGAACAAAAUAGUGGGAAGAAUCCCAGAUGGGAUUGGAAAUCUCAUUAAUUUGGACGCGCUAGAUGCUUCAAUAAAUCAGCUAUCAGGCCCCAUUCCUUUUGACAAUGGUAGGCUUCAGAAGCUAAAGAUCUUUUACAGUCAUACUAAUUCACUCUCUGGGUCUAUUCCCCAUUCUAUUGGAAAUUUAACGAUGUUAACCAAACUUGCUUUAGGUUUUAACAACCUUAAGGAUAACAUUCCUUCAAGUCUAGGUAAGUGCCAAAUGUUGCUUUCUUUGGAUCUUUCUAAUAACAAUCUUGGUGGACCAAUACCUAGUGAAGUACUUGGACUCCCAUCCUUGACCAUUUUACUAGACUUGUCAUCAAACCAUUUGACUGUCGAGCUUUCUGUUGAAGUAGAAAAAUUGAGAAAUCUAGGUCAAUUGUGCGUUUCUCAAAACAGGUUAUCCGGUUUGCUUCCAAACAACCUUGGUAGUUGCGUAAGUCUAGAGAAACUAUUCUUGGAUGGCAAUUUGUUUGAAGGGUCCAUUCCAUCAUCUUUGAGUUCAUUGAGAGGUCUUGAAGCAUUGGACACAUCUGAUAAUAAUCUUUCAGGUGAGAUUCCAAAAUUUCUUGUGAAUCUUAGGGCAUUAAAGUAUUUAAACCUCUCUUUCAAUGAUUUUGAGGGAGUGUUACCUAGUGAAGGAGUCUUCAAGAAUGCAAGUACUAUGUUUGUUGAGGGAAACAAUAAGGUUUGUGGAGGCAUCCCUAAGUUACACUUAUCAAGAUGUGACUUGAAAAAAUCACUAGACACUUCCUUUAAAAUGAAAAUUACAAUUAUUAUUGUGAUUUUAGGAGUGGCUUUGGUGUUCGCUUGUCGCCUCUUCUUGUGGCUUACGAAGAAGGAAGAGAAAAAACCAAAAACAACUAGUUCAGAGAAUUCACUUUUACAAUUAUCAUAUCAAACCAUCUUAAGGGCUACCGAUGGAUUUAACAUACAUAAUUUGAUUGGUUCGGGAAGUUUCGGUUCUGUAUACAAAGGAAUUAUUGAAGAGAGUGGAGCAACUAUUGCAGUAAAAAUGCUUAAUCUUCUGAAUCGUGAAGCAUCAAGGAGUUUCUUGGCUGAAUGCGAGGCCUUAAAGAACAUUCGACAUCGAAACCUUGUCAAGAUAUUAAUAGCUGUUUCAGGAGUCGAUUACAAAGGCAAUGAUUUUAAAGCCUUGGUUUUUGAGUUCAUGGAAAAUGGAAGCUUGGAGGACUGGCUACAUCAAUCUAUCACCAUGAAUGAACCAGGGACAAUGAGAAACCUGAACUUCUUCCAAAGAGUUAAUGUGGCCAUAGAUGUUGCUCAUGCACUCGAAUAUCUACACCAUCAUUGUGAAACGCCGAUCAUUCAUUGUGACCUAAAGCCAAGCAAUAUUCUACUCGAUGAAGAAAUGGUUGGUCAUAUAAGUGACUUUGGCUUGGCAAAAAUUCUUUCUGCAGAGAGGCUUAACCAUCCUACUAAUCAUUCAAGCUCUCGUGGAUUAAGAGGAACCUUUGGUUAUGCUCCACCAGAAUAUGGCAUGGGAAACGAGCUGUCAACAAAAGGUGAUGUGUAUAGUUAUGGCAUCCUUUUACUAGAAAUAUUUACCGGGAAAAGGCCAACUGAUGAAAUGUUCAAAGAAGGUUUAAAUCUACAUAACUUUAGAGUAUGA